ACAGCAGGAUCAACAAUGUUAAUGCAUAAUCAGAUCAGAACGACAACAGUCAAGGCAUCCCGUGUACCACGUGUUUCAACACCACUUGUAUCAGGGAUGGCUGAGCAAGUGGGCUACUUGAAAGCACAGCUAAGAGAGAAAGAACAAGAGAUUGCGGCUCUGAAGAAUAAACUGGCAAUAUACGAAAAGAACGCUACUUUAGUCCCAGAGCUCCAUGACAGAGUGAUGCCUCUUACUCCACUAAAAGCCAGAACAGCCCUCACCAAGGAAGACAUCUUGAGGUACAGCAGGCAGCUCCUCCUACCUGAGUUGGGUGUGCAAGGACAGCUAAAUCUAUCGAAGACAUCCGUAUUGGUUGUGGGUUGUGGAGGACUGGGCUGUCCUCUGGCUCAGUAUCUAGCGGCAUCAGGUAUAGGGCGUCUGGGGCUAGUGGACUAUGAUGAGGUGGAGAUCAGUAAUUUGCAUAGACAAGUGCUUCAUGGUGAGGAGGACCAGGGUCAACCUAAACCUCUGUCUGCAGCUAAUGCCAUUAGAAGGUUGAACUCAACAGUUGAGUGUAUCCCUUACCACCUACAGCUUUCACCUGAGAACGCCUUGCAACUCAUUCAGCAAUAUGACAUUGUGGCUGAUUGUUCAGACAAUGUCCCUACACGUUAUCUUGUGAAUGAUGCCUGUGUGCUGAGUGGCAAGCCUCUAGUAUCAGCGAGCGCCCUCAGAAUGGAGGGACAGUUGACCGUAUAUAACUAUGAUGGAGGCCCCUGCUACAGAUGCCUCUUCCCAAUACCUCCACCCCCAGAGAUGGUGACAAACUGUUCUGAUGGGGGGGUGUUAGGAGUGGUUCCAGGGAUAAUGGGCUGUUUUCAAGCAUUGGAGGUCCUCAAGAUAGCCUCUGGACAUGGCUCUUCUUGUGGCCAGCAGCUGGUGAUGUUUGACGCUCAGAGUGCCAAGGUCAAGUCCAUCAGGUUGCGGGGCAAGCUGUCAGGAUGUGCGGUGUGUGGAGAAAAGCCCAGCGUAACCCAGCUCGUUGACUAUGAAGCCUUUUGUGGUUCUGCUGCAACAGAUAAGUGUCGCAGACUCAACCUCCUGUCCAGUGAUAAGAGGAUCACAGUGCAGGAUUACAAAUCCAUUGUUGACGAUGAAGAGCCCCAUCUCCUGUUAGAUGUGCGCCCUCUUGUGGAGGUGGAUAUAUGCCAUUUACCCAGCUCAAUCAACAUACCACUCUCAAGUUUAGAAAAGAGGAAGCGUGAACAUAUGCAAUUACUUGAGGACCGCAUCGGGCAAAUGAAACGGCAGAUAGUUGGUGUCUGCUGGCCUUCAGUUUAUGUGAUUUGUAAACUAGGAAAUGACUCUCAGAAGGCUGUUCAAAUACUAGGGGAGAUGAGUGGAUCAGAAGUGGACAAUAUCGCAGUGAAAGACAUCCGUGGAGGCCUGAUGGCGUGGGCGCAAUGGAUUGACCCCACAUUCCCACAAUAUUAAUAUCAUGUUACCUUGUAUCUAUGUUUUCUGAAAAAUAAACAUAUUUUUAUCACCA